UCGGUCGGAAAUUUAGAGUGGGAACUGCCCCCGGAAAAAACGUGUUGGAUACGAACUCAAGGAAUAUGUAUAGGACGUGUUUUUCGCUGUUAACCCUUAUGGCGGUGGCUAGUGCUGCCACCGUUGGUCGGGAUUAUCUGCCACGCCCACAGGCGAAGGCCUACGUCUACGCCGCGCCCCCGCCCAGCACGAUGGCCCAGCUGCGCCGGAUUAUCCAAGGUCACCUGGAGCGGUUCCAGCAGGCGGAUCAAGAGCACUUCUCCCGCCGCGCCAACGUUCAACUGGGAAAAGCGGAAGUGCCGGCGGAGAAGAAGCAGCAGGCGAUGCAAUUGUGGGUGGUGCGCACGCCCACCAUUUCCGGUUCGGCCUCGGAAAACCUACUCGAAUACGCCUUGGCGCCGAACACACCCACGCCGAAGGACUACGCGCAUAAGUUCCUGCCCGAGGGCAAGGAUGUGGUACCCGGAAGCUCUUACAUUCCGCUGCGGUUGCUGGUGAUAAAGCGCUGAAAUGGCGGGCGGCGGCUUGUGUUGAUCUGAAAAACAAGUUCCGGCGGAAUGCCGACUGCCCAGACAACCAGUAGUUGGCUAAUUGGCUUUAAGCUUACUGGUUCUAACCUCUAGUUUUCUAGUUUAGCAAUACUUUAGUUGUUUAUGUUAAGGCCCACGUUGGCAGUUCAGUUCGCUAAUCUAAAUUAAGUCACCACAUCCCGGGGUCCGUGACUAAGACUUACGACCUUAUCGCAUCCAAUAAAACCGAAAUUAAGCCGA